AUGUUCUCUCCAUCCGGUCGUCUCAGCCAUUUCUCCGGCAAGAGAAGAAUUGAAGAUGUGCUUAGUCGUUACAUCAAUCUACCUGAUCAUGAUAGAGAAAGUGUUGUUCAAAACAGGGAGGAAUUUCAACAAGAAAUCAAUAAUUUGCAGCAUCAACUUCAAAUGGCCGAGGAACAAUUAAGGAUAUUUGAACCAGACCUAAGAAGUUUGAGGACGACUGAUGAACUUGAAUCUUGUGAAAAGCACCUUACAGACGCAUUGGAUCGCGUUACACAAAGAAAGGAGGGAGCAACCUCAUUCGGAAACGAGGUUAUCCAUUGCUGGCCAGAAACUGCAGCCAAUCAGGGUGUUAAGGAUCACAACACCAAUCAAAUUUUUACUGGCCCCCACACCUCUUGUUUUCCUCUAAGGAACCAUUCCUCCACUACAGUGUACGAUGCAUUGUCACACACAAACGGUGUAAAUGGAGAGACACAUACACACAGCAUUGAAGGGUGCCAAAUUAGUGAUCCAGGUGAUGAUAGCUUUCCACAAUGGCAUCACUCUGCUGGACUUUUCACUGCUCUCAUGCAAUCAGAAAACCCUUUCUCUUUAACCAAGAAUGAAAUGCAUAGUCCAAACAUAGAAACAAUGUCUGUGCAUCAGCCGGUGGAAGCGUCGUCGGCAGUGUGCCAACAGGUGCCAUUGAGUGAAGAAGGUGCAAAUUAUGAGACCAACCUUCCCUAG